GCCUGCGCAUUACUGCUGCUGGAGAGAAGGGAGGUGGCAAGGCAGCUAGUGUCCAGGUGGUUGUUAAAAAAAAACCCGCCAAAAUGACUGAUGACCGAAAGCUCUUUGUCGGCGGCCUAAGCUUCGAUACAGAUGAGCAGGCUCUGGAGGCGGUGUUCUCCAAGUAUGGAGACGUCGUCGAUGCCCGAGUCAUCAAAGACAAGAGCACCAUGGCGUCCCGCGGCUUCGGCUUCGUCACCUUCGAGAACCCGGACGAUGCUAAUGACGCGCUGCAGGCCAUGAACGGCCAGUCCAUCGACGGCCGGCAGAUCCGGGUGGACCACGCCGAGAAGAAAUCGGGCGAUGGCGGUUAUGGAGGAGGCCGCGGGGCCGGCGGCGGCUACCGCCGGGGUGGAGGCGGCGGCAGCUAUGGAAGUGGCGGCUAUGGAAGCGGCGGCUAUGGCGGUGGCGGCGGCUACGGAGGCGGCGGCGGCUAUGGAAGCAGCGGCUACAGCGGCGGCGGCGGCGGCUAUGGGAGUGGCGGCUACAGCGGUUCCAGCUACAGGCAAUAUGAUUACAGGGGAAGUGGCAACUCCCGCGGCUCCCGUGGCAGUAACUACGAUCGAUACGGCUCCAACAGAUAGGGAGGUCGGCCAGCCAGACAUUUUCCAGGUCGUCAUGAUCAUCGGCCGCUUACUGUUUCUGAAGGGACUUUUUUUGGGGCGAACGCCGUCUAAUCUCUUGAAUUCAAUCUUGCUUAUUCGGGACGCUGUCUAACCUCCACCCACCUACACCCCCACACACACGCACACACACACAAACUUACUCUGUCGCAGUAAAGGUCUUUUUUUUUCAAUCCAGCUGGGGGUCGUGUUCCGAAAUUUCAGUGCUAUUUUGUUCAAAGUCCCUUGAGUGAGCCUUUUCUUCCUUCUCAUUCCUCCUCCACAAUAACUCACUUUCAUGUAGCAUUUAUUAAAUUGUAGUUUGAAAAAACGUUUUUUAUUUGGGUAAGUUGCAACUUCAUACAUACUUGCAAUUGUAACCUUCCUUACUCCCCCCAAUAUUGGGGCUCGAUGGUGUUGCCCCGCGCAUUCCUCAUUGAUUUUUUUUGAAAGCACCCCGGGUGGCUCCGGUUUUAAAAUGGCGCAUUCACCUUGUGCAGAGACGCUGAUACUCCAGUGUCUCGACAACGUGCUCCAAAGCCUCUCAGCUGGCCGCAGUAAUCUUUUGGGCCGCCAGGGUGCCUGGUCGAGUUGCUUCCUGCAUUUUGUUAAGUGUUUGAUUCGCGCCUAUGUUCGACCAAUUUUGGAAAUGGGAUCACUUAUUUUUAGCCGCCAGUUUUCUUAUUUGAAGUGGUUUAGUAUGUCUCCGUUCGAAUUUUCUUUUGAUAGAAUAACCUGGGAUAUCCAAGUGUUCCUCCAAUUGGGAAAACACUACCAAUUUACGAGAUUCUCGUGUGAGCAAAUGUUUAACUGUAUCUGCUGUUACAGAAAAUACCAUGCUUUAAUGAAUGCAGAGCUUUAAAAAUCUGCACUGACUCUGGGGGAAGGGGGAUUGUGGCACGAUCCAUCGAUUGUUAAUUGUACUUACUUGCCUAGCAUUUUGUGGGUCGUGUUAAAAUCUGAUGAACUGCUUUCUAUGUAAACCUUAAGACUGGUGCCAACCCGGCUGGGACACCACUGUGUGUGUGCUCACUGUUCUUGGUUUGGCCUCUGGUUCAUCCAGUAAGAAAUUAACCUACAGUGAAAUAUUAUGCCAUCCUAUUCUAAACAAUACAAUAUCCUUUCUUUAUAAACUAAUGAGUUUUUUAAAUUGCAUACUGCUAGGAAGUUGAAAGCUGUUUCUAUUGAAUUUUCAUGAGUUAGCAUGGACCGUUUUUGUACAAAAAACUUGCCGCUUUGGAGACUGAUGUCAAAUGGAAAAAUAAAGUGUUGAAAUGUUAA